AUGGAUGCAACGGCGACUUGCACAGUCCAGUGCUAUUUGUAACAAAAAAAACGAUUACGUUUCUCAAAGCAGAACCAAGCAUUCCCUAAACAUUCUGGAGAUAACAGAAAGAGAACAAUAAAAUGGCCAGCAAUAGCAUCAUUUGAUAAAGAGGCGACCAAGAUCGUCUUCAGAAAACGAAUUGGACCUAAACGGUCAGUUUGCAUGUGUUUGCGAGGCAAGACUUUUUUGGGAACGCAAUGGACGACGAAGAAAUCGUUUUUGACACUCCACCAUCCGAUGGAAUGCGUACCGUCAUAGAAGUGGAAGAUGCUGCAAAUCAGGAAAAUGACAAUCAUUCUGAGAGUAGCCCUGGACCUCAGUCCCAGAAAACAGUAACUGAAUCAUCGGAUAGUGAUUCUGGAGACAGCUUGUUUCUGACUCAGAGCGUGGUACAGCCAGUGAGAACUGUGAGAAGACAGAGAUCACAGGAGUGUCCAGAUUCUGUGGAAGAGCCCUGCUGCGAAGGAGCUGGGCCAAGUAGUCCUGACAGUACUUGGGACACCCAGUUAAAACCAAAACGGAUAUAUAAGGUCAACAAAGAGAGACAGAGAAAGCAGAAGUGGAAAGGACAUGUUUUCCCAUUCCUGGAUAAGUUCUACAAAAGGAAACACUUGACCCGGCACAAGUGUUUUACCUUUGAGCAAGCAGCACUUGGUGGCUUUUUCAAAUGCAUGAAGGAGAAGUCAAAGGAGAGGUCAUGUAAAUGCUUCUUACCUCCAGUUCCACUCUCCGUGUUACUAAAACAAUGGUACAUGGACGGUAGCAGAGGGGUGUCUGAUCCAGAGGAGAAUGAAGACUUUGAAGACAAUGAGAACAGCUGUGACAUCAAAGUUGUGGAGCGGCGCUGUUUUAGUCUGGAGUCUAAAAAGAGAGAGAGGGGACACAAGCCAUGGUUUGAAGGGUAUAUUCGUCAUGAUGCUAAACUAGAUCCAGUUACUCGAAAAGAUGAAAAUUCUCAGAAAAGAACUCACAAAGGUAGUUCAAAAGUGCCUCAAACUGCAGUCUCUGUUAAGAGAGCUCAAAAGCUUCCCGCAGUCCCGUCUUACUCAGAUAGUGGUGGGCUUUCAGACACUCACAACAGACUAUCAGAAUCUGAAGAUGAAGGCAGUAGCCACAAGAAUGAAGUGGACACCAGUUCAGAGAGUGAAGUGUUUAACCAGUUGAGCGGUGGUGAGCUGGAGCAACACAAAGGAAAACAGCGUGGUACUGUGGAAAGAGGAAACCUUAACAUGGAGAUUGAUAUUAAUGAAAGUGAGAGCGGAGCUGAAGAUCUCACAUUGCAAAAGGUGACAGAGGGGCAGCUAUUGGAUGCAGGAGAUCUAUGGAAGCCACAAACCAAGAAAAGGCGAGAAAGAAGAGAGCACAAGACCUCAGAAGCAGACAGUGAAAAAGGGAAAAGGAAAAAGAAGAGCCAGAAAAGAGGCGUGGUAGAGGAGAGAGGUGAUAGGCAAAGCAAAGAGAUGAUACUCAUGUCAGAGAAUGUAGAGGAGGAACCGGGCACAAUGAAUGGUGAAGGAGCCAUAGACCUACAAGACAGUGUGUGUGAGGAGAGAGGCACGGCAGCAGGCGUGGUCCACGUAGAGACUGAUGACAGAGAGGAAGACCGAGCUGAACAUACCACAGCACAGAAUCUCACAGAGGGUCAUCCAGUGGGACUGCGAAAUGAGAAAAUAUGUAGAAAAAGUAAAAUGGAGGGCUUGUUGGACAAUUUAUGUGAAGUGCAUGGGAAACAUAUAAGUGAGGUGAGAAGCAAAGGACACCUGACAGAGCUGAAUGAACUUACACCAAUGAAUGACGGCUUUUCUGGGUUUCUAAGUGAGGAGCUGGAAAAGGGUACAAGUGAACAUGAAGGAACAUUUAUUGUGCGGGAUAUUGUGUCCAAUGUUAGAGGAACUGUAGGACAUGGGACUGGCCCACCCUCACAGUCUGUUAGUAGCAGCCAGCACCAGACCCAGAACAAAGAGGGCGAUUCAAGAACAAGUGUGCGCCAGAGCUCCCACAUCAACUCCUGUGUUCCUCAUCCAAAUGAUACUCCCAGCUCAGACGCCAGUGAUUUACACCAACUAAGAGGUGGUGAGUUGGAGGAACUGACAUUAAAACAGAAAACAUCAUCCAGUAAUACAGAAUCAGAGAUAACAAACUCACUCGCUUUAAGAAUUCUUGAGCCGCCAGCUCCUUUGGAUACAGACAUGUUGAUGCACACUGAUAAGAUACCAGAUCAGGAUACAGAACUGAGCAGUGAAGUGGAGCAGCCAAAGGAAAAAAAGAAACACAAAAGAAAAAAACAUUUUGCUGCUGUGGAGAUCGAAAACCUUGACACGGAGCAGCCCCUACCUGCAGGCUUGGCUCAGACUGACUUCAGUGAAAUUGAGGGCAAAGCUGGGCACCUCACAUUGCAAAACAUACCAGAGAGUCGGCUGUUGGAUCCAGGAGAUGUGUGGAAAUCACAAACCGAGAAAAGGCAAGAAAGGAAAGAGGACAAGAGCUCAGAAACAGACAGUGAAGAAGAGAGAAGGAAAAAGAAGAGGCAGAAAAGAGGCAUGGUAGAGGAGAGAGGUGAUAGGCAAAGUAGUGAGGUGAUAUUUGUAGAGGAGGAACCGGGCACAAUCAAUGGUGAAGGAGCAAUAGACCUACAAGGUAGUGUGUGUGAGGAGAGAGGCACGGCAGCAGGCGUGAUCCACGUAGAGACUGAUGACAGAGAGGAAGACCGAGCUGAACAUACCACAGCACAGAAUCUCACAGAGGGUCAUCCAGUGGGACUGCGAAAUGAGAAGAAAUGUAGAAAAAGAAAAAAAGAGGGCUCAGAAUCGAGAACAAAUUCAUCAUCUCUAACAAUUCUUAAGCCGCCAGAUCCUUUGGAUACAGACAUGUUGAUGGACACUGAUAAGACACCAGAUACAGAACUGAGCAGUGAAGUGGAGCAGCCAAAGAAAAAAAAGAAACAGAAAAGAACAAAACAUUUUGCUCCUGUGGAGAUUGAAAACCUUGACAUAGAGAAGCCCCUACCUGCAGACUUGGCUCAGACUGACAUCAGUGAAAUUGAGGGUGAAGCUGGGCACCUCACAUUGCAAAACAUACCAGAGAGUCGGCUGUUGGAUCCAGGAGAUGUGUGGAAAUCACAAACCGAGAAAAGGCAAGAAAGGAAAGAGGACAAGAGCUCAGAAGCAGACAGUGAAGAAGAGAGAAGGAAAAAGAAGAGGCAAAAAAGAGGCAUGGUAGAGAAAAGAGGAGUGUGGCAAACCAAGAGGUCACAGAGAAUACAGAGGAUGGAGGGAAUCCUGAGACAUCCUUGGAGGGGAUAG